CAUAGGCAGGCGUGUAAGUCCAUACUGUGCAUUGUGUAUAUACAAUAAUAAUAUACAUGAAUGUUUGUGUGUAUAAUGAUCUCGUUAUGGACUGUGGUUAGCAUGAGUUUUCUAUUACCGGUUUUUCAUAGUGAUGAACGCACAUAAUACAGUAUACUCCGAUGACAUAAUUAAUAUAAAGCCACUCACACUUGCACUUGCCGGGAAGAAAGUGGUCGUGUGCGUUGAACGAGCUCUUAUUUGAAUUAUACAUUUAAUAACGGCAACACCGUCCGUCUAGUACCUGAUACUCUGUUUUUAUAAAAAAAAAAUUUUAUAUUUAUACAUAAUUUUUUUUUUGUUUAAUAUCAAUAUUUUAAUAUACCUACGUCUUACAAGUAAUAAUAAUAUUCGCGGUUAUUCUACAGUGUAGCGAUCUACCUAUAUAGAUAUAAUUAAAAAUGCGUGGACACUAUUUUUCAAUUAUUUUCCUACUUUUGGGAUUUGGCUUAAACGAAAUAUAUUGUCAAAAUAAAGAAGUAAGUAACUAACUACUUUUAAUUUGUAUUUAUUACAACGUUCGUGUAUUAAAAACAUAUUAUUAUAUGUUUUUUUUUUUUUAUAUUAUUUAUAAUAAACAAAGCUGUCCGGAAAAUGUAGAGCUCCCGAUAAAGCACCAACGAACCUCGAACUAAUUAUUAAUGUCUGCCAAGAAGAAAUAAAAGCCGCAUUACUUCAAGGUAAAUAAAUAGGUAAUUUGUUCGUAAAUAUAAUAUGAUUUUUCAAUUCAAAUAUUAAUUUACAGAAGCCUUGGAUAUCCUUAAUGACGACGCUUUGGAACAAAAUAAACCAAACGAAAACAGAUCAAAAAGAGAGGUCGACGAAGAUUUGACAAAUGAAGAACGUAGAGUUGCUGGGGUAUGUUAAUCUGGUUCUUUUCAUUUUUAGUCACAUUACAGGUAUGUAUCGAAUUGCAUACCUGUGUAUAUAAUAUAUUGUAAUAGACAUUAUUUUAGAUUCUGAGCAAAGAGAGGAAUGCAUUGAUUUUACAAUGAUAUUUACUUGUAUUUAAAUUUUUUUUUUUUUAUCUGUAAACAAUUUUCAACUAGAAACCUUACUCAGAUGUUUAAGCAUAGUACCUUUUCUAAAAGAAACUUUAUCUGGAUGGUACAAGUCAUUUCUUGAUUUUCUAAGCGGUUUUCAUAAUAAUUCGGAAAAACUGGAAUUAAACAUUCGAAAAAGAGAGAAAUUUACGAAAUAUCUUAUUUUAAAUUUUAUUUUUUUUUUUUUGUUUUGAAUCAGUUAAAAAUAUUUGUAGAAACUUGAAAUUUAUAAAAACUUAUAUUUGCCUUUUCUAGAUGUGGUAAAAUUUUCAACAUAUUUAAGGCUUUUUUAGCUUUUUAUAGACAUUAUAAUUUUGCUAGUUUUUUACGUAACUUUUAUUCGGUAGGUACUUAGUAGAUAACACUGUUACACCAAACAGAACUGCUUGAAAAUUUAACAGAUUCAUUAUAAGUCAUACUUUGAGCGAAAAAAAAUUGUGUGUAAUGUAGAAAUUUUUUUAUAAGUAUUUUAAUAUUAAAUUUUGACGAAAAUCGUAAAUAUUUCGGCAUUUUAUUUAUAACCGAAGUACGCUCAGAAUCUUUUCUCGUUUGCAUUGAAUAACCAUUGCAUAUAUAUAAACAUUAAAUUUCCCUCUAUAUCCUACAUUCCCAACUUCUCAACCACAACAUUGGCCCAACCAUCGUGCAAAGUAUGUUCAUUUUUUUUUCUCUGAAACUAAACGCUUAUAAGUAUAACGUUGUAAUGAAUAAAAUAAUUUGUCCAUUAUAAUUAUUUUUAUGUAAUGAAUAAAAUAAUUUUUCCAUUGUAGUUAAUUUUAUGGAAUGUAAGUACCAGCUAAACAAUUUGCAUUUAAUCAAAUUAGUAUAAAUUUAAGAAUAACCGAAAAUUAAUUAUAGUUAGGCUAUUUGGUUUGUUUAUUUAAAUUACGUUUAAUGUUUUAAGUAAUACAUUAAUGCAAAUAUUAUAGACACACAUUUUUUUUAAAAUAUUAUACAACAUUUUUUUUAUCAAACUUAUUUAAUUAUACCCACAUCUAUUUUAGAUUCUGAGUGGAGCGAAGAAUGUAUUGGUUUUACAAUGAUUUUUAUUUUAUUUUUUUUGUUAUGGACAACUUGUCUACCAGAAAUUGUAUUCUCAUUUACAAUAAUAGUACUUUUUCUAAAAGGAUAUCUGACUGAGGUGGUACUUUAAAGAGGUUAUUUUUAAUUUCCCCAGGAGUUUUCAUAAUACAUGGAAAAAGCAUGGGUAACCCAGGAAAAAACGUAGGAACAAUGGGAAAAUAGGUACAAUAUUAAACAAAUAUUAUUUAAGAAAAUAUAUAAUGCAUAUGUAAAUAUUUUACUUUAAUAUAAAAUAUGUAUUGUUGACAAAGCAACACAAUUAACCGAACUCCGCUCAGAAUCGUUUUUCGUUAGCAAUGGUUAAUCAUUGUAUACAGAUAUACAUUAAAUUUCCUUUCUAUCUUUCCAACUUUUCACCAACAACAGUGAACGUCACUCACGUGCAAUGUUUUUCCGUCUUUUUUCUUUAUUAUGAAAACUCCUGGGGAAAUUAAAAAUAACCUCUUUAAAGUACCACCUCAGUCAGAUAUAUAUAUAUAUAUAUAUAUUUAAUUAUAUUAUAAUAAUCAUUUAAAUUUAAUUUGGGGAGAGCGUUAGUAUAUUGUAAAAAUAAAAAUAAUUGAGUAUAAUAGAUAAAAUCGACUACGUAUUCUGUGUAAAUGGGAUGUUAAGAAAUACAAAUUAAAACAAACUUUAACCUACUUAUUACACAAAUAAUAAGAAUAAUUGUUAAGCCAUUUUUUUUUCCAAUGUCGUAAAGGUUUAAUAUUUAAUCGUCAAUAAGUUGAUAAUCACUGAUAUUGGUGUUUAAUAGAGCCCACUAUUUCACGUGUUCACGUAAAAUUAACGUUCGUUUCUAUAAAACCGUGAAUUUGAUAAAUCCGUGUAAAUUUACUCACAUAUUCACGUAUUUUACUAUAAACAACUAAACCAGUAUACCUAACGAAUUCCUAACGUAUAAUAAUCAAUUUAUCGACUCGAUAUCGGCAAUACGUAAAGGCCGGUCAUUCCCCAUUUAUAUUCGCACCGUAGUACGUAGGUACUACAUUACGAUCGCUUAAUAUCCGUGAAUGCGUGAAUAACACUAAAACAUUCACGUGUAAUAAUUAUAUGUGAAUACGAAUUUUUAAACCGUGUAUACACGGACUCCGUGUAUUACUUACUUAUUAAUUCACGUUUUAAAUUGAGACCUCUAGUUUUUAAUGUUUUAUACCGUUUCUUCAUGUUAUAUUAACUAUAUAUUCACAUAUUAAGUCUGUUAGAUUUGAAGCCGAAGAGUUAUUACGAAUAUAUAGAUCAAAAAACAAUACUAAAUUUAAUAAAUUUAUUUCUGUACUAUACGUAUAUUGUAUACAAAUACAAUGUUAUAGACUUUAAAAUCAGUAAAAGUGUUAACACUAUUACCUAACAGUGUUUAAUGACCGGAAGGAAGUUGCAACCGUUUGAUGGUGUGUACUUUUAUUGAUCAGUUAUAUUAUAGAAGCCACAUUAUAUUAUGAUUAUACAUAGUCAUAUAUUUUAUCUUAUGCUUAAUCUGUCGAGUAAGAUAAUAUAUCAAAGAAUAUAAAACCUUCACUUAUUGCACAACUAAAACCUGUUCCAAACAGUCUUGGUCAUUCAAAUAAAAAUGACUAUGAACUUAUCCCAUUGCAUAUUUCUGCGCGUAAAAUGUAUAAAUAAUAAUAUUACCUAUGAACCAGUCUAAUAGAUAAUAAUUAUUGUUUUCAGUGUUUGCUCCAGUGCGUUUACAAGAAAGUGAAAGCAGUUGAGUACCUAGUGUUCAUUGCGUCUGUCGUCCUACAGAAUGAAUCGGCUAAUUGGUCCGUGUUAUUAUUAUUAUAUUAUGUGUGUUUUAUUUAGGUUGAUGAAACUGGCUUUCCGGUGGCCGAUGGCCUAAUGAAACUGUACAACGAAGGAGUCCAGGACAGAAAUUACUACAUAGCCACUUUAACCGCAGUGAGACAUUGCAUAUCCAUUGCAGAACAGCUAAAACAGCAACAGCCCUCUCAAAAAUUUGGUAAUUAUUAUUAAUAUUUUCAAAAAUAUCGAGGGCGUUUAACCUACUAGAAAUCCGAUUUAAAAUUGUUUUUUUAAAUCUGUGAGCGAAUUACUCUAAAUGAUUGUCGUUCGUGUCUAAUAGAAAAAUGUAAACAUUUUUUAGGAACUCGUUUUCUAUAUAAUAGUAAAACAACAAUACGAGUAUAACACAAAACAUCAAACAUUUUCAUUUCAACAAAAUUGAAUUAUUUUCUAGCAGCAUUUUAUAUUGUAUUUAGCACUACGAACUAUUAAAAGGUCCCUAAUUAUUUUGUUUUAAUAUUUAAUAUCUAAACAAUUUAUUUUAAAAAAUAAAAACAAAAAGGACAAGGCAAUGUAUAACAAAUCAUCAGAAUGUAAUAUAAUGUUUAGUUGUGUUAGUAUUUCAUUAUAAACCAUUUAGAUAAUUUAAAUAAUUUAUUAAAAUAAAACAAUAGACAAAUUACUAUGUAGGUAUUCAUUUUAUUAAUUAUAAUGGAUUAUAAAACAAUAAUAUACCUGUAAAGGUAGGUACUUGCAAUUAUUGUUUAAAACAAACAUACACAUAUUAUAUAUACGUGUUUUACCUAUUUAUAUUGUGUUACCAUUUUAGUCACAAUAAGUUACGUAAACCACAUGCCCCAAAUAAAAUAAAAUUGAAAUAAUAUACUUAUAGGUCUAUUUAAAAAGGAAAAAUAAUUAUAAUCGUAACCCGUUUUAAACUAGUUAUUUUAUAGUAAUUAUUAUACUUUCAUUUUUUUUUUUAUUUUUUUUUUUUUGUUAAGACGUUAAACAUAAAAACAAAUUAUAUGUGUCAAAAAACUUAUUAAUCAUAUGUUAUAAUAAAAAAAUCGGUGUUAUGAUUAAAAACUAGACUACCUGAAAUGUACAAUAUUAAAUACAGAGUUAAAUAUAGAUAUUAAUGUUUGAUACAGAAUAUAAAUGUAAUAGAAUUGUUAGGUAUACGCACAUUGUAUUUAUCUGUCACUAUAGUUGUAUUGUUAUACAUACAAUACUAUAGCUGAUAAAUAUUAUUGUCUGAUAAAAAUUAUUUUAACAUACCAACUUAUAUGUAUAGAAUUAUGCAUGAAUAUAUUGCGCUCCAGAAAUCAUUUACGAUUAUCGUUUUAAUAAAUGUUGUGACAUUUUGCAAAAAAGUCCCUAAAAAGUAUAAUACACCUAAACAUGUCUCACAAAGCAAUUACAUGCAACAUAAAAUUACAGAUUUGUCUUUGUCAUAAAAUGAAACAAAUUUCUUUCUAGCUACGUAUCGUUUUUUUUUUUUAUGGCUGCGCAAAACAAGAUAUGCAAGUACAAAAUAUUAUUAUAAAAAAUGGCAAAACGAUAAAAGUGUUUAAAUGUCCCUCCUCUAACGGUUUUAACUUAUUAAAUACAAUUUCUUAACCCUAUACAAAUUAUUAAACCAGUUAUUUUCUUAUAAUACUUACUGUAUUAUUUGAAUAAAAUUACAUGUUGGUAAUCAUUUGUAUGGUGUUAGAAAAUUGUAUUUCAUAAUUUAGACAAGAAAUUUUUAAACCAUUCUACCAUUUUUUUAGUAUUUUUUUUGCAGUGCUUUUUUAAGCUCUUUUUGUGAAUUUUAGAUGCGAUAAGUCCUGAGGCCAACUUAUCAGUUAUAAAAUAUGUUCUUAAAAAAAAAAAAUUAAAUUCUAAAUUUUAAUAUUUCAUUAGAAUUCUUUACGUGUUUAAACUAUACUAUCGAUGACUAAAUUAAAUCUAAAAUAAUAAUUUACCUAAUGUUUGGAGACUCAAGUUUUAUAUUUAUAAAUAUUGAAUAACUAUUUUGUAUUUAUUUAAAAACCUUAUUAUUUACCUACCUUAAGCUUUAAAUAAAUAUAUGGAAUUCUAAAACCUGUUUGAAAUAGAAUAUUACUUACCGAGUGGCUACAUUAUGGAGCACAAUUUAGUGUAAACAAGCUAUAUGAUAUAUAAUAUAUCAUAUAGCUCGAAUCCUGAUCAACUAAUAAAAUGACGCAAAACUUUAUAAACAUUUGUAGAUAUUCAGCAAAAUCAGUACUCACAGUACACACAUUUCAUAAUAUUGUUAUACACGAAUGACUGUUGAAAUUCAAUGUUCAUGUUUUGCUAUAAAAAUUGACAUUCCCUAUUAAGUAGGUAGCUACUUAAUAUAUUUAUUACGAAUGUCAAAACCUAGAGAAAGUAGAUAUAAUAAUUGAAACGUCAUAAUUUUAGCUAAAAUAACAAUUCUUCAAUACAUUUGAGUAAUAUUCAAAAUUGUUUUUAUGACAUCAUUUUUAUACAUGCAUUUGUAAUGUACCUACCUAUGUUCAUAAUUUAUAGUAUCAUAUUGUGAGUUUACAUAAUGUAGGUACCAAUGCGUUUCGUUGUUGUUCACAACUAUCAUUCAUAUAUUAUAAAAUACUCUAAUUUUUAGUUGAAAACACUGAUUUUUAACUGAACGUAAAUACGUACUUAUACAAUUUCAAAUUCUACGUAAAAUUAUUAAAAUAAAUUGUAAAACUAAUAGAUUUCUCGUUAUGCUCAAAAUUUAAAAAUACAUAAUAAUAUAUAACUACAAUAUAAUAUUAUUAGAUGAGAGAUAUUUUUUUGUAUAUUUUUUUUAUUACAUUAAAAUUUUUAAAGUUUAAUAACAAAUUUUCACGAUUUAAACGAUACCGUUCAUCAAUAUAUUUUUUUUAUUGGAUAUCGUUAAUUAUAACUAUUCAAUACAACACACAAUUUGAAAAAGAACUUACCCUGCAAAAUUAAAGUUUUCCGAUCGUACACUAUUUUUAUUUUAUAUUCAUAUUUUAAAUAAUUAUAUUUUAUAUAUUUUCUGUAAAUUUAUUAUACUUACACUUAAACUGAAGCUUUUUCCCUUCAUAUUUUAUGUUUUUACAUAUAUUUUAUAAAUUAUACUUCUAUAUUUAUGUAAAAAUUUAAAAAAGAAAACCUUUUUUUUAAAAAAAAUAAUAUUCAAUAAAAUAUCAAAAAUAUAAAACAAUAACAAUAUAUCUAAAUUAUAAAUCUGUGCAAUAUACUUAUGUAAAAUAAAUAAAUAAACUGUUUGUUAAAUAGCAAAACAAAGACUAGAGUGUCAUAAAAAUUAUCGUUAAAAGUUCAUCAUCAGGUAAUAGAGCAACAAUUAUGAAAUCAGUUCCAGAGUCAGAAAAAAUGUUCGGGGGGGAGGGGGAAGCAUUUUUUUUUUUUAUCCAGUUUUUGUUAAGUUAGAAUAGUUAUCACCUAUUAUUUUAUGGCUCAUUUAUUCCUCUAUCACUUAUUAUUUAUACACCCUUAGUUUUACAACGUAAAUUUUAAACAUAGUUUGUAACCUUGUAAGAGAAUAUAUGAAUCACUAAUUGUAAUAAGAGAACAUGUCCCUAAAACUUAAUUUUACAAAAGGCACAAAAAACUAUCUAGGCAAAAUUGAUAAGCAGCUAGGUGUACAAAUGAAUAAAUCGCUUUAUUAUCCAGCUUUUUUAAAAUUAAUCAUCUCGAUAUUUUUGUAUCGAUAUAAUAUAAAACAAUAUAAUUUAUACUAAAUAUUAGAACUACUAAUACAUUUUAUUAAUAUAACGAAUGUAUGUAAACUGCAUUACAACAAUAUGAAAAGAAAAAAAAACCAUCGUGGGAGGCAUGCCCCCUAAUGCCUCCCUGGCUACGGCAUGUCGUGGCAUUGGAUGAAAUAAUAAUAUGUAACUGAAUAUAAAAUUAAAAUUAUGAAUAUAUAGAAUGCAUGACUAUUCUUUAUACAUGAAGUUAACCAAUUCUAUUAGAAGAGAUUGUAAAGCACAUGACAUAGAUUUAAGAAGUUUUAUUAGAGUUAAUUUAGAUGAAAAUGUAUCUUAAAUCUAUGUAAUCUCAUCGUGUUUUAUAAUUUCAUAUAAAUUAUAAUAGAAUUGGUUUAAAAAAGAAAAAACCGAAAAUACAGGAACCCGCAAAUUAGUCCGGUUUUUUCAAAAUUAUUUUAAAAUCUAUAAGGAAAACUAAAAAGUAACUUAAUAAAACAAGUAAUCUCACCCCAUAAUUACAUCAAUUACAAAAUAAUAUCAAAUACAAAAUUCCACUAAAAAGUGUCUCUGUCGUUUUUUGAUUGGAACAAAAUUUCUGGUAGAAACGUUGUUUACAACACAAACUAAUAAAUCACCCAUCAUAAUAAAUUGAACCAAUACAUUCCUUAUUGCGCUUAGAAUAGAAAAAAAAAAGUAGUUAUUUGAAUUUGGUUAAUUGGAAUAUUAUUAUACAGUGUAUAACUUUACUACUAUAUCAAUAACUUUUUUAUUUAUUUUUAUUUUAGAUGAUGGACAAACAUGUGAUCUUGCCUAUGAAAUGUUCGAAUGUGUGAGCGAAAAAAUUGAUGAAGUAUGUAAAACAUAUUACACCUACACCUAUAUAAUAUAGGUACCUACUCAUAAUUUAUAUUUACAAAUAAAUUAUAUAUAUUUUUGUAGAAUUGUGGCGUAGAAGAUAAAUCGAACAGUGUGGCUCAACGUUAUGUUUAAACAAUUUUUACUUAAAAUUACGUGUGUAUAAUUGUAUACUAUUUUUAAAGUUUUGUAUACGUUUAGUAUUUAUAAGGUAUAUUUUAUUAUAAUUUAAAGUAACUGUUAAUUUGUCGUAGUUAUCUUAAUUACUAAAUAUAUUUAAUUUUAAUUAAACUGAAUACAUUUACUAUUGUCACGAUUUGAUAAUUUAAGUGAUUUUUAUAAAGGAUUAAAUUAAAUCACUAUCUAGCUAUUUGUAGUUUUAACUAUAUUUUAUAUCAGAGUCUAUUAUUCUUGUGUGUUGUAGUUUGUAGCAUACCUACUGCAGACACAUUGUGUAGUAGCAAAAUACAAGUGUGUAAUAGGUAGCAAAUGUGUGUUGAUUGUUAUUUUAGUAACCCCCUAAACAAUUAUUUGGAUACAUUAGUACGUAUAAAACUUUUACUGAGUUUAUCAAUUUGAGGAUACAUUGUGACAUUGUGGUACCUACUUAUAUUGUUAAUAACAAAGUAUUUACUAUAAACGUUCAGAAAAUUUGAAAAUCAAAAAUCUAGCCAUGAAUUUCUUAUUAAUUAGAAUAUAUAAACAAAAUUUGUCUUAAAUGAUUUUUUUUAAACUGUCCUAAAAGCCAAAGAUCUAGUGAUCAAUCAAUGUUAUGUAUUUUGAACUAGAGCUAC